UAAGAGAAAAAGAAGAGAAAAAAAUCACGAGGCCGUCGGAUUUCCUUCCGUGUUGUUUUCUACCCUAGAAAAUCUCCAAACAUUUUCCUGGAAAAUACCGAAUCAAACUCUGUCCCUAGCAGUCUAUAGAUCAGACGAUACAACCAAGUCCUGGGACCUUUUCCCCACGUCUCCCCCGCUGAUAUCGUCGCUCCUUGUUCUUUCCGCGUUUUUUUGUCCUUUUUUUUGUUUUCUUCUGGUUUUUCGUGCAGACCCUCCUUUUUUUGUUCCUUCUGAUCUGAAUCCUUGUAGAAAGUAGUCAGAGUUGGAUGACGACGAUGGUUGUGGUGGUCAAUGGGUAAUCUCGGCUUGGGUGUAUCAGGAUUCAGAAGCUAAGCUCUGGACUUGAGAUUUGGUCUUUUAGGUUCUCUAGCCGCAUCAAUUUGGAGUGCUUGGGUCGUUUAGCCACUCAAUUUGGGUCAAACACUUUGAUCGAUUCAGCGAUUGGAGACGAUCGAAAGUGCGGUUGUUUGGAUUUGGUCUCGUAUCGCUCUGAUACUCGGUAUUGUGGUUCUUAGUCGAUUUCCUGGUUCUUCUUUUACCUCGAUAGGAAUCUGGUCUAGGUAUUAUCAAUUGGAUUGGAUUUUAGCCCCGCAAAGAACUUAGUUGGGAUCUGAGUUUUGUAAUUUGAGUUCGUAGCAGAGCUCAUUUGGUGGCAUUAGUAUCUUAACUAUCGCAAGUUUCCUUGGUUAAAUCGGUGUGGUUGAAGUUUUGACCACAGAAGAUUGAAUAAACAGUGAGACCAACUGGGUUCGAAGUUCGUAGAAGACAGACGGGAAAUUUCUAUCUGAAUUGUAUCUAAAUCUUCAAUUGAAGAUAGAAAAUGGAUCGUGUGGUUGCUGGCAAGUAUAAACUGGGACGAAAGCUCGGCAGUGGUUCAUUUGGUGAACUUUUUCUCGGAGUGAAUGUGCAAACUGGAGAAGAAGUGGCCGUAAAGAUGGAACCUGUGAGGGCUCGACAUCCUCAACUUCAGUAUGAGUCAAAGCUCUAUAUGCUUCUCCAAGGAGGAACUGGUAUUCCUCACCUUAAGUGGUUUGGAGUUGAGGGCGAGUACAACUGUAUGGUGAUUGAUCUUCUCGGUCUGAGUUUGGAGGAUUUAUUCAGCUACUGCAAUCGGAAGUUCUCUCUAAAGACAGUUCUAAUGCUCGCAGAUCAGAUGAUUAACAGGGUUGAGUAUAUGCAUGCCCGAGGCUUUCUUCAUCGUGAUAUUAAGCCAGAUAACUUUUUAAUGGGUCUUGGACGCAAAGCAAACCAGGUAUAUGUUAUUGACUAUGGUCUGGCAAAAAAGUAUAGGGAUCUUCAAACACACAGGCAUAUUCCAUACAGGGAAAACAAGAAUCUUACAGGAACAGCUCGAUAUGCAAGUGUUAAUACUCAUCUUGGAAUUGAACAAAGUAGACGGGAUGAUCUGGAAUCUCUUGGCUAUGUGCUUAUGUAUUUUCUGAGAGGAAGCCUUCCUUGGCAAGGCCUUCGUGCUGGUACCAAAAAGCAGAAGUAUGACAAGAUUAGCGAGAAGAAAAGGCUUACGCCUAUAGAGGUUCUUUGUAAAUCGUAUCCCUCUGAGUUCUCAUCGUAUUUUCACUAUGUACGAUCGGUGCGAUUUGAAGACAAGCCUGAUUACCCAUACCUGAAGAGGCUUUUCAGGGACUUAUUCAUCCGAGAAGGUUAUCAAUUUGACUAUGUAUUUGAUUGGACACUCUUGAAGUAUCCACAGUUGAGCUCCAGUUCCAACCCAAGACCAAGCCUGAGACCGGCUCUAAAGCCUCCAUUGCUAUCUGCAGACAGAACUGAACGGCCUUCGGUUGGGCAGGACAAUCGAGAGAAAUUUACUGGUGCUCUAGAGGCAUAUGCUAGAAGGAACGGCUCUGCAAGUGGUGUUCAAGUUGAUCGUUCAAGACCAAGAACCUCGGAGAACAUACUUGCUUCCAAAGACAUGCAAAACUACGAGAGCAGACCCGUCUCUUCAUCAAGAAACAUGAGUUCUUCAAGAAAAGCUGUUGUGUCCAGCACCAGAGCCACCUCCUCGGCUGACUUCUCAGAGAACCACCACCGCUCGAGCCGGCUCGAUGGACGCUUGCCCUCGACCCGAAGAACCCAGCUUGGGCCUGACCCCACCAAGCCCUCUUCGUCUUCUUCCUUCACCAGGGCUGCUCCUUCGGCUAGGACCGCGCGUGACGUCACGCUCCAGAGCCUUGAGCUCCUUACCAUUGGCAAUGACAAGAGGAAGUGAUCCAAACAACUUCUAAGGGUCGGUUCUUGUUCUAAAAGAAAAAAGACAUUUAUGGAUUUAGCCUCUUUUAGGGCCAAAAAAAAAAUAUUGGUCCUAUAUUUGAAAACAUGAUUUGAUUAAAGAAAAGUUGGAAUUAGAUUGAUU